CUGCUCCUUUCCGCUCAGGAAAUGUCUCCGCUUUCGGAAUACGCCUUGCGCAUGAGUCGCCUGAGUGCACGGCUGUUCGGUGAAGUCGCCAGGCCCACAGACGCCAAGUCCAUGAAAGUAGUGAAACUGUUUAGUGAGCCGCCUCUGGCCAGGAGGAAGGAGACCUAUGACUGGUACCCCAGUCACAACACCUACUUUGCACUCAUGGGGACGCUGCGUUUUCUCGGCCUCUACAGAGAUGAGCAUCAGGACUUUAAGGACGAACAGUUGCGGCUGAAGAAGCUCCGUGGGAAGGGGAAGCCCAAGAAAGGAGAGGGGAAGCGAGCAUCCAAGAAGAAAUAG